GUCACAUACCAUCAAUAACGAUACCAUACUGUCAGGAGAGAGACAUCCAACCCUAAGGCCAGAUACUUAGGAAUCUGCCGCGUCGACACAGGCAUCUUGAGUCUAGCUAGCAAGAUCUGCUCCCUGGUCGGCGAUUGCCUACACAACUCCAUCACCACUUGACCGCAAUCUACCCAUGACGACAUGCUCUGCCAUUCCGCCAACUAAAGCUUGACGAAUUGACGACGAACAGCAGCGCAAAGCCUCACGAAAGAACGAAUCUGCAGUAACUGUGAUCUUGAGAGUAAAGGUUCUCGCGGCUCACGGAAAGCUACGUACGGAGCUGGUACCAAGAUGGAUGUCACUCGACGAGCCCUCAAGCGGCAGGAGGAUGCCGCAGCUGAUGCAGCCGCACAGGCUGAGUUCAACGAGAAGAAAUGGGUAUGGGUGCCGGACGAGAAAUCAGGCUAUCUUCCCGGUUGGAUCGUCAAGGAGGAGAAAGCAGACAUCACUCAGCCUUUGAAAGCUAUCAAGGGGAUUGAAGGUGCCCCGGGUGAUUACCUUCCUUCCUCGGCAACCAAGCAUGGUAGAGAGAUGACGCUGGAGGAUGCUUCGCUCGUCGGGGACACGAUCGCCGAUGUCGUCCUCGCCAACGGAGGUGAUAUCCGGAGCAUACCGUCAUAUACUCUGUCGAAGAUGAACCCACCCAAAUUCGACCGGGUGGACGAUAUCGCAGAUCUAACCUUUCUGAACGAAGCAGGGGUGGUGCAUAACCUGAGAUUGCGAUAUGCAGCGGGUAUGAUCUACACGUACUCAGGACUUUUCCUGAUUUCCAUCAACCCUUACAAGGAUCUUGGAUUAUAUACCCCUCAAAUCGUAGCAGCAUAUCGAAAGAAACGGAGAGAUGAGGCUGCACCGCAUAUUUUCGCAACUGCCGAAAGAGCCUGGGUGCAGAUGGGCGAAGAAAGAGAAUGCCAAAGUAUUCUGAUCACAGGAGAGUCCGGUGCUGGGAAAACGGAGAAUACGAAAAAGGUCAUUCAAUACCUCGCUGCUAUCGCUCCGUCGACCGAACGCGCCUCGGUCGCACCCACUAUUCCCAGCUCGCCAUCAGGUCCCUCAAUCGCACCCCGCGUCGGCCUGCCCCACUCCAUGUCUUUCAAGGGAAAAGAUGAACUCGAACUCAUGAAACGGCAAAAGUCGGGUACACUGGAGGAUCAGAUUCUGCAAGCCAAUCCAAUCUUGGAAGCGUUCGGGAAUGCGCAAACGCUCAGGAACAACAACUCAAGUCGUUUUGGUAAAUUUAUCCGAAUCCUCUUCACGUCAGCGGGCGCCAUCAGCGGUGCCAAUGUGGACUGGUAUCUGUUGGAGAAGAGCCGUGUUACAUUCCGGUCGGCGGGAGAGAGAAACUUCCACGUUUUCUAUCAAUUGCUGGGAUCGGGCAGGGCGGAGAAAUCGCUACGAGACAAGCUUCUUCUGGGCGAUAAACCUGAAGACUACGAAUACCUCAAGAACAGUCGGAGCACGAUCGAUGGGGUGGACGACUCUAUGGAAUGGCGACAUCUCAAGACCGCUCUAGCAACCGUCGGAUUUUCCUCGGAGGAGCAAUUUGCAGUGUUUCGCGUAGUCGCCGCUAUCUUGCACGUCGGUAACAUCGAGAUAAAAGGCGAUCGGUCCGAUCAGGCAUACAUCACAUCGCCAGAAGUCGUUGAGAAAGUCUGCCAUCUACUAGGCGUAUCGAGCUCCGACUUCAGUCGAGCAGUCUUGAAACCCAAAGUCAAGGCUGGCCGGGAGAUCGUAACGCAAGCGAGGACGAAACGUCAAGCGGACGAGGAAUUAGGAGCUCUCUGCAAGCACAUGUACGAGAAAGCUUUCGGAGGUCUUGUGGACAGGAUCAACAAGGCACUGGAUCGACCUGCUCUGAAGUCACUGUUCAUCGGUGUCUUGGAUAUCGCUGGAUUCGAAAUCUUCGAGGUGAACGGGUAUGAGCAACUUCUCAUCAAUUACACCAACGAGAGACUGAAACAGUAUUUCAAUCACCACAUGUUCAUUCUCGAACAAGAAGAAUACGGGCGAGAAAACAUCGAGUGGAGCUUCGUCAAUUUCGGCUUGGAUCUGCAACCGACCAUAGAGCUCAUCGAAUCGACGCAGCCAAUUGGUAUCCUUUCAACCCUGGAUGAGGAGUGUAUCAUGCCCAAGGCCACCGACAUUACCUUCCUGGAGAAGCUGAAGGCCGAAUGGGACUCUUCUAGCAAACCUACUAAUGCUCUGAGACAUCCAGGUUCUGCCAACUUCCAGUCGACCCGAUUCGGUAACGGCUUCGUGGUCAAACAUUACGCUGGUCCCGUCGAAUACAGCACCGAGGGCUGGCUGGCAAAGAACAAGGAUCCCAUCAACGACGAUGUUGCAGGGCUGCUCUCGAGAUCCAGCCAGCCUUCAGUCGCUGCCAUGUUCUCCGAGUAUGGUGAACAGGCCAACAGCACCGGCUUUGUUAAUGGCAAGCGUGUCAAGCGAGGCGCUUUCCGAACAGCCGCGCAAAAACAUCGCGAGCAACUUGCAUCCUUGGUCAACCAGCUUGGAUCAACACAGCCACACUUUGUCAGGUGUAUCGUGCCAAACUCCAAUAAGAAGCCUAGCCAAGUCGAUGUUCCUCUCGUUCUGGACCAGCUUCGCUGCAAUGGUGUCCUAGAAGGUAUUCGGAUUGCACGUCUCGGAUACCCAAAUCGACUUCCUUUUGUCGAGUUCCGGCAGCGAUACGAGGUGUUGUGUCCCAACGUGAUUCCCAAGGGGUACAUGGAUGGAAGAAAGGCCUGUCUCAAGAUGACCGAAGCGCUUGAACUCGCCUCUGAUGUCCACAAGAUGGGUCUCACCAAGAUCUUCUUCAAGGCUGGGGUUCUAGCCGACCUGGAGGAGAGGAGAGAUGCCCAUCUAUACGAUAUUUUCGCCCGCUUUCAAUCGACCGCUCGGAGAUCCAUCGCUCGUCGGAAGCUUAAUAAAUUGCUCAAUCGUGCCAUGGCGGUCCGAACGAUCCAGAGAAACGCCCGUACCUACAUCGAGUUACGAGACUGGCCUUGGUGGCAACUCUUCAACCAAGUCAAACCUCUAUUAGCAGCUACACGGGAGGAUGACCAGCUUUCGAAGAAGAGGACCGAACUGGCUCUAGCGAAGGAGCGCGCAGAACGGGACGCAGCCGAGAAGGCCAAGCUGGCCGAGUUGCAGAUGCGGCUACAGGUGGAAAAGCAAACCAUCGAGGCAUCUCUUGCUGCGGAAAGGCAAAGUGCCCUCGAAAAGGAUGGGCUACUUGAGCGGUCGAAACAAACAGAGUCUGAGUUGCAGGAGGAAGUCCAGGCGCUGCAGGGCGAUAUUGAUACGCUCGAGGAACAUUUGGAAGCGGCGGAAACGGCUCGUCUCGCUGCCGAAGCGAGAUCGACAGAUAUCCGCGCCGAAUUCGAGGCAAAGACGAAACAGAACGAAGAGUAUCAACAACGCGAUCUCGCGAAUCAACACAAGCUGGCGGAAGCGUCCGAGAAAUUGCUGGCUUCCAAGCAGAAUCUAGCCCAGGCCGAGCGAGAGAAGGGCGAGCUAAAGACGAAGUUGGAGGAAUCCAGCAAGCAGGCCGAGCGAGCCAAGGACGACUUCCUCAGAAUUAAGGAACGGGUACAGUCCAUCGAAAGUGAGGCGGAAGGCAAGGUCAAGGACGAGAAGACGAAAAACCACGAUUUGAUGAACCGGCUGGAGACUGUUAUGCGGGAGAUGAAGUCCAAGGAGGAACGCCUGACGACCAUGACGACGGCAUCUGCCGAGUACGAAACAAUGUUGAAGCGGAAAGACGCGGAUAUCGCUGACAUCAGGGCGGAAUUGAACGCUACUCGGGCCCAACUGGACGAUCUCAAGAGGAAGUUUCGAGACGCGGACAUGCUGGCCGAGACCGCUAAGAAAGACCUCCAGUCAUCCAACGACCGCAACGACAAGCUCGCCGGUAACAUGACAAGGGUUCAGCAAGAACUCGACGGGCUCAGAAAGCUCAUGUCUGCUAAGCAGAGCGAAGACGCUCAACGAAAGGAGGCCGACCGAAGUCGUGAGCAAGAGCUGCUUAGUCUACGCGCUCAGCUGGAUAAGGCAGCUCAGCAAGAGCGUACCCUUCGGGAAGACUAUAACAAGGCUUCGGAGGGGCACAAGAAGGAGCUGAAGAACGCACAAGAUCAAGUCGCAAAGCAGAUUGCGCUGGUAUCAGAUUUGACAGCUCAGUUGACGGCGGCGCGCGAUCAACUUGAAAAGCAGACCUCGUUGCUCAGCACCACCGCCAAGGUCACGAGGGGUCUAGAAGUUGACCUAGCGGAAUGCCGCAAACGCUUGAUCACGCGAGAUGGCGAGCUCGACGUAGUUGUCAAGGCCAAAGAGUUGCUUGAGAGGCAAUUGGGUGUUGCAAAGAGCAAAUUGUCUGACCAUGAAGAUGCGAUACUAGUGAUGGAGCGCGAAAAGGUCGAUUGGGCAGGACGCGUUGACAACGUCAAUCGAGAGCUUCGUGCCGAGCGAAACAGAUCGGAAGCGGUCGACGGCGAGCUCAAGAACUUGCUGGCGGAAAACAGGGCGAUGCGUCAACAAGCUGACCACGCAAAAGCAGUGGCAAAGAUGCAGGAUGAUGAGAUCGCACUGCUACGCUCUCGUGAGAACAAGACGAUUGUCGAGCACGUACAUGUCCUGGAAAAAGCCAAGAAGGUCACCGAUCGCGAAUUAGCCGCCACAAAGGCAGAAAGGGAUCAGCUUUCGUCUGUCUUGCGAUCUAUGGAACAGCAAAAGAGUCGACUUAUCGGUGACAUCGAGGACAUGGCGCGACAGAACGAAUUGCUACGCUCCGAGAUGCGCGCCGUUCAGAAGACCACAGGGCCUUCUAUGGAUGAUCUGAACCGCGAGAAGGAGGCUCGGAAGAAGGCCGAAGCUCGCGCCGCUCAAGCGAUCCCGCAGGCGGAAGAGAUUAACAGGCUGAAAGCUCAGCUCACUAAAAAUCAAGAUACAAUCGCCAAGCUAGAGAAGGACGUCGAGCGUUCCAACAACCGAUCGGUCCCUCAAAGCAACGAGAUUACGCGAUUGCAGGCGCAAGCUGCAGUGGAUCACGAGCAAGUGGUCAAGCUGCAAAAGGAUCUGUCAGCUGUCAAAGUCGAGCUCGAGCGGGCAAAUGCAUUGGCGCUCAAAAACACUCAAAGUCAACACCGAACAGCAUCCGGUCCCAGUCCCUCCAUCAAAGCUCUACAAGAACUACAUCUCGGAAACGAACAGCUCUCAAAGUCCAUGGCGGAGGAAUUACGCCGCAACAGGCUCGGGCCGUUGGCAGAGGCCAACGGUCGGGUUCGCAACGAGAAUAACCGACAUUCUCUCGACAUCGGUUCCAUGAGGACUUUGAUGACUACGGUGCCGGACGACACGGGAAAGCUUGCUGCUGCUCAGCAAAAGAUGGCUCGGGAUCUACAACUCCUACAAGCCGAUCUGCAGACCGCUCAAACGGUUGCCAAGGAAGCUCAGAAAGCUCGUACCGACGCCGAGAGUAGGCGGGCCGCCGUUGAGAAGCGUCUCAAGGAUCUACAAGACAAUACGGAUGACUCUGCUUUUGACAAUGCCGCUGGAUUCGCAGCUCGUCUCAACAAAGAGAUGGAGAAAGAGCGAGCGCGAUAUCAGAAGGACUUGCAGGACUUUGAGAGGACUGUUCAUCAGACCCGGACCAAAUAUCAAGCCGAGCUGGCUCAGCUGACCGAGGAUUUGGGCUCACAGAGGGAUGACAUGCUUCGUUACAAGGAGGCCAAUAGGUUACUCAAAGCUAAAGAAGAGGAACUCCGACGCGAAUUGGAGGACGAACUGCACAGCUCCUCUGGUUGGAAACGGGAGAAAGAGCGUUUGGAAACUAGAAUCGUGGAUCUCAACACCGCUCUAGAAGCUGCUUCUUCCAACUCUGAAGUCAAUCAAGGGCAACAUGUCAAGCAUGUUGCUCAGAUGAAAGAGCUUCGCCGGAAGUUGGACGAGAGCGAAACUGAAUGUUCUGCACUUCGCCAGGCCAAACAAAAGCUGGAAGAACGUUCGAAUGCGCUAUUCGAUAAGGAGCUCAAGAACAGCCGGCUCGACCAGAACCGGGCGGUACAGCAGCUUUCUCUCGAGAAACAGGAAAUGCAAGCUGCUCUCGAUAGCGCCAACGACAAGAUUAACCUGGUCAAGCAGAAGCAAGCUCGAUCCGAGGCCUACGCCGCUGAAUGUCUACAAGAGCUUGGCAAGGUCAGAAAGGUUAAUACCGAUGUAGAUCGACGCAACACCGCCUUGGAGAAGGAGGUCAAGGCUCUUCAGGUCAAGAUCGUCGACCUCGAGACGCAAUCCUAUGCCAAUUCGCCUGUUCCCGGCGCUACGAAACGGCUCGAAAGCAAGCUUCGCGAGGUGCAGCUCAAGCUAGACGCCGAGAUCGAGGACCGAAACGAAGCUCUCCGUCAGAAGACCAUUUGGGAACGACAAAGCCGAGACUACCAGGCUCAGCUCAAGGAGAUGAUACAACAGCAAGAGCGACUCGUGCAAGAGCGAGGCGCUUAUGAGCGGGCGAUUGGAGAGCUGCAAUCAUCCCUGAAGAAAGCUAUUGAUGCUCGAUAAGCCAGUCAGAAUCAUAAGGACCGUUCUGUUCUGUAUCGAUAACAGCGAGUUUCUCUUUCGUUUGAGACGACCACUUCUGUGCACGACCCCUUUUACGCUACAUGACCCAGGAAUGACUUUCGCUUCUUGUCCCUAUCUAGUGCUCGAUUUUAGGUUGCUCUCUUGUAGAUCUUCGAGCUUUCGAGUUAUCCUAUCGAAUCAUACCCUGCUGUGCAAAAGAUCCCGACUGUGAUCGGACUGAAACCGAAUCAAGGCCUGUUCCGACCACACCCGCUCCC